GUGUGUUGAUAUAUCAACUGUCUUUAGAUGCUUGAAAGAAUAAAUAAAUCAAAUCAAAUCAAAUCAAAGUUAAGGUCCAUUUUCAUAAAGUGUUCAUGUUAAUCCUGGCCCACUGCUUCAUCCCUAUGGCAACAGCCAUUUCAGUCACUGUCGCUCAGUUUUCUUUGUGAUGGAGGAAGCUGCCAUAAUAGAGGCAGCCCCCCGUAGCUUGCUCAGGGCUUCACAAUAAAUCCUGUUAAGGCCAAAUAAGCCUUGUUCAACACAGCGGUAGUUGCCUUUAAAAUAAUCCGACGUAACGUGACGCAAACGAUUCUAUGCAUCCAUAUACUCUUGUGUGUCCCCUCACGCGGCGGCAGCCAUCGAGCGCAGCGCACAUCCUGCAUCCCCCUGGUCCAGCCCCCCUGCCCUCUCCUCUCCUCCUCUCCUGUGGCGUGAACCUGCAUCACCGCUCCAUCCAGCGGAGCUGUUGGACGAACCGGAGGGAAACCAUAAAAACCAAGGCGAUGGAAAUGGACUAACAUCAUACCUUGAAAGGGGGAGCAGGCUUGGACCCUCGAUCUGAAGACUUGAGGAACACAGUGAAGUCAGACGAAGCUUCGGGUUGUGCAGUAGGCUGUCUGGCCCCAUGUCCGCCCCUGCUCCAGCCAAUCGGAGGUCUGCAUCAGGCUCUCGCAGAUUCAACCCUCUGAAGGUGCUGCAGCCCAAACGCCGCUUGCAGCAAAUACUGGCGUCUUCGCCCGUCCCGGUGCCCAAGCCGGCCUCGGGGUCGGGUUCGGGGUCAGGGUCGGCUGUGCCAACGGCCACAGUGCCAGUGGCCAUUCCUGUGCCCGCGCCCCCUGCGUUUGACUACUGCAGGUUCAUAGAGCUGGACUACGUACCCAUGGAGACCGGAUAUAUGGUCUCAAUGCGCCCGACUAAAGGCUAUGCAUCAACCAAGUCACCAACUAAAGGAUACACUUCCACCAAGUCUCCGGAUCGCAACAGCCGUUCAACACGCUCUCCCUCCUCCACCCCUGGUUCUCGGCGGACACCUGCCGCACCCAGUAAUAGGGAUCCCUAUGGCAACACCUCCCUCAGCAACAGCAACUCAGGCUCUUGUAAAGGCAGCGACUGCAGCCCCACCAAAGGACGUCACCAGAAGUCCACUUCAUGUACGGAUAACCAUGGUAUUCGGCCCCCUCCACCAGAGCAGUAUCUCACACCCCUACAGCAGAAGGAGGUGUGUAUCCGACACCUACGGGCCAAGCUAAAAGAAACCAUCAACACCCUGCAAGACAGGGACACAGAGAUAGAUGAGCUGAGAGUCCAGCUUUACAGGAUGCAGGAGGACUGGGUUGAGGAGGAGUGUCAUCGUGUGGAGGCUCAGAUGGCUCUGAAGGAGGCACGUCAGGAGAUCCAGCAGCUCAAACAGGCUGUGGACAUUGUCCAUGCCAGGCUCAGUGAGUCUGGGGGGCUCAGUGGGGAUAUAGGAGUCCAGAAGUACUUACAGGAUAUAAACACCCAGAACCACAAACUUGAGAACCUGUUGCUCAGUAUGGAGUUAGCUCAGGCUGGAUUAACCAAAGAGGGGGAAGCCAUACCAGGCUGUCGGACCCGUGCUGGAGGCUCAGCCCCGGCGUCGGUAUCAGGGGAAAGUCCGGGAGGAAUGCCCAAACCAGUCGUCGGAGGGAGGGGUUCUUGCUCCUGUGAUGGUUCCCCAGCGCGUUCUUUGACACGGAGCUCCACCUACACCAAGCUGAGUGAUCAAGCACUGGCAGACCACAACGGUGUGGGGCAGGACUUUCCAUGUCUGUCAGGUGAUGGCACCCAGGACAGUGGCUUUGUGUGCUGUGGAGAGAGCCGUGCCCCCACUGACCUACUGCUGGAGGCUGCCUUCCUCUCUGAGGAAACAACAUCUUUACUUAACUCCUACACACAGACCUUCUCCCACUCUCUGCCAAACUCUCUGCCUCGCACCUUCUCCCACACCUUACCUCACUCUUACACUCACAGUUUGUCCCACUCUGUGCCUCACACUUUGCCAAACUCCUCCACUUAUGAGAAGCUGUGCACAGGCGAGCGGUUGAUGCCUUUCCGUUGCGGCCUGGGUGGAGUAGGCUGUAUGAGCCACCCCUGUCUGUCUCACCACCACCUGUACCUUCACCCCCUGCGGGAGAUGGGCAUUCAGACUGAAAGCUGUCCCAUCCCUGCAACUGCAGGUUACCCCUCUGAUCUGGAUACCAUUGCAGAGCAGCGGUCCUUCCGCUCCCAGGCCUGCAGCCCCACCUCAACGUGGAUGUCUGAUGAGGUGGAGGAGGAGCUGGACUCCAUCACCACAACGACAUCGGUAACCAACCCCACAGUCAUGAGUACAGCCACCGAGCCAAUCCCAGUUUCCAAAGCACUACUAGUCCCUCCAUUACCACGGUCUGCUACUGUAUCAUGUUCCAUGGAGAGUCCUCUAUGUGGGGGGAAGGAGGGAAUGGACCAAGAGGAAAAGCAGGAGAAAGAAAAGAGAGAGAAGGAAGCUGCUGAAAUGAAGACGCUGGAUGAAACAACAGUGAUCAGACUGGAGGAUGAAGGGCAGCAGAUAGGCUCAGUGGGAGGGAUAGAACUGGAGAGUCAGGGUGCAGUGGAGGAGGCUGCACCAGCAGAAACAUCAGCAGGGACACAGCAUAAUUUUAAAUUUGAAGCAUGCUGUGGAGAAGGCAGGCAGGGUGGUACAACACUGGAAAAUCUCUGUGUGGAAGAAGUUAGUCAGGUACAGACAGAAAAGUUGAGUCCAAGUUGCCCAGGAUUAUCACCAGAUGUAGAGCCUCAUACCUCCCAGCCUAGGAGAUCUACUUCCCAUGAGGAAAUAUCUGGUGUCACUGUAGUGGAGGUGCACAAUGAUAAUGAAGAUGAAACUAACGAACAAGGCGCCACAGGGGACGACACUGCAGAAGAGGGAAAUUCAUCUGGCUCCAGUAAAAUUCAGAAAAGCUAUUGGAGUCGUCACUUUCUAGUUGAUCUGCUAGCAGUGGCCAUCCCUGUGGUACCAACACUGGCGUGGCUCUGCCAUGGUCCAGUUCGUCAUGGACAGCCCAUGUAUCAUAUAGGGUCGCUGUUGCGAGGAUGUUGCACUGUGGCACUAAACUCGCUGCGCAGGGGAGGUGGGUUGAGGCAUUACCCCGCAGGCGGGGGAGAUCUAGGUGGGACACAGAUAUAAGAGGAGAAUCUCUUCAGCACCUUUAUGGUCCUUAACUAUGACUUUUCUUUUAUGGGUCAGGAUCCUUAGCUAUAGUGUGAGGAAAGGUUUAGAGCUGUAAGGAGCAUCACGAGCAAAAAAAAAAAAAAGUGCAUUUAUGACUAAAAUCUUUGACCAAGAAACUCUAUUGUGUUUGGACCUGCUUCUUAUCGUCUCUCACCCACUGGUUCCUUCUGUUGCUACCUUCCUUCUCUCUGCUAACACUGCUGACUGGUGCAAAACUGAUUGAGCAGAAUGAAACGUUUGAUCUAUACUUGGAUGUUUGACACUGAUUGUUUUGUUUAUAAGUGCAGGGAAAAUAGUGAUUCAUUGAUCUGUCUACCUGCUAUUCUGACUGAACUCUGACAUGUUCAAGUGUGUAACCAAAUGGUCUCAUUGUUGCUAGUAUAUGAGCUACACUGCUUAUUGACCAAUGGGUGAGGGAAAGGUCACCCUAAUUCAGAAUUCAUGUGUUUCCUAUAAUUGCAGAAAAUUUUUUAAAACUUACUUGAGUCUUUGAUGUUUUGAGUAAAAACAUGGCUCUUAGCUACUGUCAAAAAAACCAAUGUAGACUCAGAACUCUGGUCGAUUCUAAGGGUAGAAACACAGCAAACCUAGAAAGGCUCAAUUCAAUCAUGCUUUCAAGACAAAUGCAUUUACCACUGCUUUCACUGUUGCUUCUGUUGCCUUCUGUGCCUGGAGCAGACACUGUACAGAUAAAGUCCAGCUGUAAUACUGAAUGGUCACCUCAUAGGGAUUUCUGAAUCAGGCUGAAUUUCCACAAUAUCAGUGCUCAUUUGAGGCUUAGUUUUUGAUGGGGUCAUAAUGCCAUGAAGUGGGUAUUCAGACUGAAUGCAAAGGGAGAGCUUGUGUUGGUGGGGCAUGGUAUUUCAGAUACCAGUGAGACAUGCUUUGAUUUUCUAACUCUGAAACGUCGUCGUCACAGCAUCAGUCAUUUCCUCUUGUGAGGUAAACAUUAGAAAUACAGUAUUCUUGGUCCAAAGAACCCAUGUGAAAUGUGUGCCUGUGGGUAGAGUUAUGUCACUGCCCAGCGCAGGGCCAUGAUGUUGUCUAUGGCCAGGCAAAAGAUAAGGCAAUCUAGGUCAGGUCUUCUCAAAGUCUGGACUUCAGCCUUGAUCCAGACCACACAGCAAGUCUAUCUGCACCCAGCCCACUCCUCAUAUUAUAAAUACAAUAAUACAAUGUAAUUAAUGGUAUGUUUCCUACCUUGAAAAAAUGUGAAUAAAACGUUUUAUACUUAUCAAUAAAUUGUUAGUUUUGUAGAAUAUAGCCUAUUUGGGAAUCCUUACAGCGAUUCUGGCCCAAGAAUAAGGCCAAACGUAAUUGUUUCCCUGUUUGACAUUGCUGUCAUGGCAACAUUGACAGCCAGCUAGUGUAGGAUGUUUAACAUCAGUAUGUGACAGAGCUCAAGCACUGGUUAACAGGCGCUAGUUCAAAAUUUGAGUCAGAUAACAUUGCUUGUAAGUUAUAAACAAGUUUAAUAAGUCAUUUGCUUAUCACAAAUCACUCCAGACCUUUGACCUUGAAUAGAAAUCAGACCUUUGAAUAUUAAGUUUGAGGACCCCUGGUUAGGUUUUUUGGCCAGAAACCCUGUUAUUUUUCUAGAGGUCUCUAUGUUUGCUGCAGAUCAGAGAGAGAAAAAAAAUUAAUUACUUCAGUCCUCUUAUCAAGAAAAUGUAAUGACACUAUAAGCAAAUAUUUAGGUUUUCUGCAUUAAUUGGUGAUGAAAUGUGAUCUGAUCUUCACCCAAGUCACAAAUAUCAGCAAAUACAAUA